ACUCUUUUAUUAUUAGUUGGCGGGGGUAAUGAGAAAUUAAGCGCGGGAAACGUUAAGCAGCUCGUCGUUGUGACAAUAAACCGUUCGACAGGGCGCGCGGCCCCUUUGUUUACUACGAGCGUUCACGCUUUUUGCUUUACUUGUCCCUCUUAUGACCUUUCUGUGGGGUUUUAUACAUUCACGAAUGAAAAUAACAUACUGCAACUCUUUCGUCUUUUUUGAUCAUAUAUAAAUAGAUGACAUAUGGACGGAGACGGCUCAACCACAGAUGCCUCCCAGCUUGGCAUAACAGGAGAAUAUAUGACUGGUGGACACUAUGUUCUCCAAUCUCAAGAUGAUGAGGGUGAAGAGGGACUCAAUGACCAUGAGGAUGGGAAUGGAAGCAAAGAUAACUUUAGGGAACAAGACAUCUUUCUCCCCAUCGCCAACGUCGCCCGAAUCAUGAAGAAUGCAGUUCCCCAAACUGGAAAAAUUGCCAAGGAUGCCAAGGAAUGUGUUCAGGAGUGUGUUAGCGAGUUCAUCAGUUUCAUCACUUCAGAAGCCAGCGAGAGGUGCCAUCAGGAGAAGCGCAAGACCAUAAACGGGGAAGACAUCCUGUUUGCCAUGUCCACUCUGGGCUUUGAUAUGUAUGUGGAGCCUCUUAAACAUUACCUGCAGAAGUUCAGAGAGGCCAUGAAAGGAGAGAAAGGAAUAAGUGCUGUAACUGUAUCUGAAGGCAUGGGGGAGGAGCUUGCAGAUGACACUUUCACAAAUCAACUACCUGCAGGGAUUAUAACAGCUGACGGACAGCAACAAAAUGUGAUGGUUUACACGACUUCUUAUCAGCAGAUCCCCGGUGUUCAGCAGCUUCAGUUCUCUUGAAUAUGCACUGCGUAAAGAAACCAACACUUAUCCUCAAAAAUGCAACCUCCAUAUUUCCACACACAAGUAAAGGUCAUGAAUGGUUGGGGCUGUUCAUCAAUACUUCUGUGAACCCAUUUCUUGUGCUCUUUGAGGGUCAAAGUUUAGCCUGUUUUGUGUGUGGUCUGUGAAGACUCAUUGUUAUUUUAAGUGACUAGUUUGUUUGAUGUUACUUUUUGUUUUCGUCAUGCAUUUGGAGUUUUAUGCAUUAGGUUUAAAGGUGUUCUAAGGGGUAAUUCACCUCAGUCACACUAUUCAAGCAAUAAAAAGAGAACAUGUGAAUCUUCCCGCA